GCCUGUUGCCGGGCUCGGCCGUUAGGCCCGGGGGCGUCGCUGGGCCGCUGCUCGCGGGGCGUCGCCUGCGGGCGCCCGCGGCCCCGCCGCUACCAUGAGCCGGCCCAGCCGCCUGCAGAGGCAAGUUUUGAGCUUGUACCGCGAGCUGCUGCGCGCUGGGCGGGGGAAGCCGGGCGCCGAGGCGCGAGUGCGGGCCGAGUUCCGGCAGCACGCCUCGUUGCCACGCUCCGACGUGCUGCGGAUCGAGUACCUGUACCGCCGCGGGCGGCGCCAGCUGCAGCUGCUACGCUCGGGCCACGCCAAGGCCAUGGGUGCCUUCGUGCGCCCGCAGGGGCCACCCGAGGAGUCCAGCGGCGCGGGGGCCUCGGGAGCCCAGCCUGACGAUGGUGGUGGUCUGAGAAGCCCCCUCGACAGCAUGGGGUCACCAGAGACCCCUCCCGAUGGGCGGUGACAGGCCGAGGAGCUCACCCGGUAGCACAGGGGAAGCGGGGGCCCUCCUGACUGCGUGGGGGGACCAGGGAACCCACUUGCUGGAAGGGGAGAUGUCUUGAGAAGACCAGCUCGAUGGAUUGGGUGAAUUGGAGAGCCCUCCUCGGGACGUGAGGUCCUAGAGACCCCGAUGAUGGAUGCUGAGAGGUGCCUGACCUUGCCCGAUCCAUGAUAACGGGUCGAACUCUCCCCGUGAGGGUUUGGGGCGGCUUGGUUGCCGGCUGGCUGAGCUGUGUCAAGCUGAGAGCUACUUAACCCUAAAGCAUGGGGAACCAGGACGCCCGCCGUCAGACAGAAGACGCCCUUCUCCUGACCCCGGGCCCCCCUCUCUUGUGUUUAACUCUGAAAAGAGCAGACUUUUUGCCGAGAACUUUGAGAAGAUACCCUGAUGGAUGGUGAGAAGCCCCGAAUCCCCCUUUGGAAAACUUUCUUCCCAUUAAUUGAGGCAGUCUAGGACCUGGGAGGAAGGGGCUGGGGUAUCUUAGCUCCUCUGAUCAACUAAUGACCCCUCAAGACCUGUACUCGAUAGUUCUAAUGGGGAACGCUGACUCCUGCACCCUUCUUCCAGGACUGUUGGACAAAAAGAAUAAAAUUGGGGAUGUGAUUACUUCCCUGUU